CACCGCAACCGCCACCCGGAAUCCGACCUGGACCGCCACCUCCUGCGGCCGGAGUCCUACGAGACGUCCAAAAGCGGCACCGACGACGCGGCCGCGCACCACCCGUGGUCGUUCGACCCGGCCAUCACCGACCCGGCGCUGGAGGUGCUGGCCUCGGACGCCGAGUGCGCCCUGGACGACUACCGCGAGGACGACCCGCUGUACGUCAGCCCCGGCAACACGGAGGUCAGCCGGUUUCUGGACCCGAUGGCCGGCGGCGCGGCGCACAACGCGGUCAAGCCGGGAUGCUCGGGGAUGGGGUGGACGCGCAAGGCGCAUGUGUUUCGGGUGCGGACGCAGCCUGGGGAGACGGGCUGGGGGAAGGGGUUCGAGCGGUACGAGCGCGUAUUGCGGGAGGUGAGG